CUACGAUGGGGAGGUCGUUGGAUUGUACUACUGAGAGAAGUUUGAAGUAUUUAUAACUGUAUUUAGUUUUCGGAAUUAUAUUCAAAUGUGAUUCAGUUUAUAUUGUUCGUAUGAACGGAAAUGGCUCUAAUGUAAUUUGGAUAUUAAGAAAAAACAAAGACUGUGGAUAUAACAGCCAUCAGAAUGACACAGGUGAAGCCGUCGUCGGAAGACUUACAGAGGUUGAGUCAACUUAUAAGCCAAUGGAACGUUGAUCAUUACGAUUUAUUUGAACUAAGUAAACCAAACGAGGCUUUAGAGUUCCAUGGAGUAGUACGAUUUUUCUUCCAAGGUGGUGGUGCACAUGUGGUAACAAAAUGUAUUCGUGUAUCAAGUACAGCUACCACAAAAGAGGUGAUAGAUGUCUUGAUAGAGAAAUUCCGUCCCGAUAUGAGAAUGUUGACACAAAAUCGAUAUGCUUUAUACGAAGUUCACGUAAAUGGAGAGGAAAGACGGUUAAUGGAUGAAGAAAAGCCUCUAUUUGUCCAGUUAAAUUGGGGUAAAGAUGUGCGUGAGGGGCGAUUUCUAUUAAAAAAUGAAAAUGAACCAACAAUUCGGCAAGGGCAGGAAGUUGAAAGAGAACCCCAAGGAUUUAAGAGAAAUCUCUCUAAAAGGGAAAAGAAAGAAUUGAAGAAAAAGCGGGAAAAAGAGAAAAAAGAAGCAAAAGCCACUGGAACUGGAGUGGCGGAAAAAUUAUACAAUGAUUUACCUGAAAAUAGCUUUACCAGGAGUAUUUCUAAUCCCGAAGCUGUCAUGCGUCGUCGACGACAACAGAAAUUGGAAAAGAAGAUGGAACAAAUGCGAGCUGAGGAAGGAAGAUCCGAUGCUGUUGAAACAACAUGUGGUACUUUGAAGAUCUAUGGAGAAUCUGUACGACCCGAUGUUCCGUAUAAAACACUAUUAUUGUCAACAGGAGAUACCUGCUCUAUGGUUGUUAAGGAAGCUCUUGAGAAAUACAGUUUACCUAAUGAAGAUCCUGAACUGUAUUGUCUCUAUCAGGUAUUAAUAGCUAAUGGACAAGAAUAUCAUGGAGGAAGUGUCGGAGAAGAAAGGUUAUUGGAUGACACAGAAUGCCCUUUGGCUAUUGUUAUGCAGCAUCCUAAAAAUAGAGGACACAUAAUAUUUCAACUACGUAGAAAACCAACACAUUUAAAGAAAAAGACAAAAAGAGCUGUGUCACAUGAUGAUUUGAGACAGAAUAACCGAGAACCUCAAAAUCUCUCUCAAGACCGACUACCAUAUUUACAGGAACUAAACACUAGAGACGGAAGAGGAAAGAGACAUCAUCUACCGUUAAAUGUAACAGAAAUAGGAAGUGAAAGAUCAAUGUCUAAUAGUAAUCAAUAUUUACAGCUACUUGGUAAUGAUAUUAAACCUAGACAUUGUGUGGUAGCUCAUACAGAAGGGAUAGUAACCGUAACUCCAACUAGCCGUGAUGCGGAGACAUAUGUAGAGAAUACCAGAAUAUUUGAGACAACCAUGUUAAAACAUGGAAUGGUGCUGCAAUUUGGUAAACAUCAUGUCUACAGAUUCUGUGAUCCUAGAUUUGAUGAGAUGCCACCUGGUAGGACAGUGGUUGAUGGUCCUCUACAGAAAUCUGGAUUUAGUCCUGGUAGACCACAUGAAACAAACUUUGAUGUAGAUGGUCAAGUAGAACCUAUAAAUAAUCUCUCACCUAAACCAGCUCCUAGAAAACAAAAUGAAUGGAAUGAUUUACAGAGAUCACCACAGAGUCCGAGUCCUAAAGGAAUGCAACCAGGUUUAGUACAACCGGAUAAUCUGUUACCUGUUACAUUGGACUUCAGAGAUGAUGCUGAAGAUGCACUACUAUCAGCAGUUAUUUUAGAUGUUAAUAGUCGAGCUGUACAGUUUAAACUAGCUUCAACAUACACAUUAUAUAUGGCCAUGAGACAUCUUCUAGCUCAACGCUACCAACGGCCACAGAGAACUACAGAUUUUGUCAGAAAAAUUUCAAAACUUGUUCAAAGAGCUAUUCAGGAUCAACACAAUGACCCAACAGCUCUAGCUUUUUGGAUGGCCAAUGCUUCAGAGAUCCUACAUUUCUUUAAGAUGGAUAGAGACACACAUCAGUAUAGUCCUGAAGCUCAUGAGAUGUUGGCUGAAGCUGUACAGAUGGCAUUUCACCAUCUAGUACGAUGUUUACAGGGCGAUCUACAGAGAGUUAUGUCAGCUUUUCUAGAUCCUAGUGAAAUGGUAGAAGAUGAAAUGAUGGAUCAACAGAGAAUGAAUCCAAACAGACCAACAUUAGGUGAUGUUUUAACAACUUUAUCUGCCGCCAUGACGUUAUUACGUAGAUGUCGUGUUAAUGCUGCUUUAACUAUACAACUCUUCUCGCAGUUGUUUCAUUUUAUCAACAUGUGGCUGUUUAAUAUGAUCGUAUCAGAACCUCAACUACAGAUGUGUACAGCUCAAUGGGGAAUACGGUUAAAGCGACGAUUGGGUAAAAUAGAGAUGUGGGCAGAAAAACAGGGUCUAGAAUUGGCUGCUGAUUGUCAUCUGUGUCGCAUAAUACAGGCUGCUCACCUUUUACAAGCUCCAAAGAUGACAUCUGAUGAUGUAACCAAUAUCAGCUCAACAUGUUUUAAACUUAAUUCUGAACAAUUAAAAUGUUUAUUAUCACAAUAUAUACCAGAAGAUAAUGAACCUCCAAUAUCACAUCAGUUUAUACAGAGAUUGGUGUCUAUUGCUGAGAGUAUGGCCGAUUUAUCUACACGAUCUGAGGGACGGGAAGUUAUGUUAGAAGAAGAUCAAGAUUUACAUUUACCAUUUCUAUUACCUGAAGAUGGUUAUUCCUGUGAUAAUAUUAGAGGAAUACCAAAUGGACUUCCUGAAUUUAUUAAACCUUUGACUAAUUCAGGUAUUUGUCAAAUGAUACCUAACAAUAACUCGAGUGGUAGUUGGACAGUAUAUAUGGGAGGAGAACCAAGAUCUCUUGAGAGUACACCACCAAAGAGUCAGGGUAUGCCAUCUCCUCUACCAGGUAUACAACAACAAGGACUACCUAGAGACCCAGAAAUAAUGGUUGUAGCAUUUAAUAAAGUAGAAAGAAGUAUGGGACUUAGUAUUGUUGCAGCAACAGGAGAUAAACAAAGAGAAAGGGGCAUUUAUAUCAAAUCUGUUGUUCCAAAUGGUGCUGCAGCAUUGGAUGGUAGACUACAGACAGGAGAUCAGUUAUUAGAAGUAGAUGGUAGAAGUCUAGUUGGUGUUACACAAGAAAGAGCAGCUGAAUUAAUGAGAGAAACUGGUGAUAGAGUUACUUUAAAAGUAGCUAAACAAGGUGCUAUUUAUCAUGGUUUGGCAACAUUUCUCAGUCAAGCAUCGCCAACUCUACAAAGAGCAGCUGGAACACCACAGAAAAGUGAUCCACAGAUGAACGGAAGAAGACCAUUCAAUGAAGAGGCACCACCACCUUAUACAGAUGGUCCAAAGGACAUGGGAAGAAUGGAGAUACCAAGGUCUCAAUCCAGUCCUAGACCACAACAGAUGCCAAUACCACAACAACGUGUUCUUAAACCUCAACCUCGUAGUGCUGUGGAACAACUCAUGGGACCGAAUUCAAGUUCUCCUCUUCAACAGAGGCACCAGGAUCCAAAUUUUCGAAGAGACAUGCAUGACAUGGAUCCUCGUUCCAAAUCAACUUCCAAUUUAGUUCAGGAUCCAAGCUAUAACAGGAAUUAUGAUCCACAUUCAAUGAAACCUGCAGCCUCUGUAAGUGUCCUUCAUCAUCCACAAGGCCAAGGUCACUACCCACCAGGGGUUCGUCGAGACAAUCCUCAAUAUGGAGAUAGAAACCCAGAUUACGAGAACCAAUUGAAUAUCAGCAGUGCUCCAAAUGGUCGACCCAUCAUCGAUACUCAGAAGGGUGGACGAGAUCCACGAUUCCAGGACAUGAAUCACAAUCUGAUGCCUGGUAAAGCACAAGGUCCACCUCCUUCUCAGGCAUAUCUUCACCCAAAUCAGCGACCAGCUGAUCGUUCUUCAAUGUCUUCUCGUACAUCUUCCUCCAGCAAUAGAGAUAACGUUAGACCCCAGUCAGCUUAUUUCGAUCCUCAAAAUAGAAAUGAGGACUUAUCCCAGCUGAGACCCAAAUCUGUAGAAAUUACUUCCAAUAAGAUUCAAGAAUGGCAGAAUAAGAUGGAGGAUACGCCACAGGUGUAUAGAAAUGAUUAUGACUCUGGUAAAGCUGAAAAUUCUCCUCCUUAUAGUAACAUUGAACGAGAUAGUAAUAUCAAUGGGUUCACUAACAGACCAUACGUCAGUGCUCAAGACAUUCCCAGAAUUAUGAAUGAUAGUGAAAGGCCUAAUUUCUAUGAAAAUGCAUCACAACCCGACCUUAGAAAUUCAUACACCCAACCUCCAAGAAAUGAAAAUAUUUCUCAGCCAAACCUAAGGAAUUCAUAUAAUCCACCUUCAAGAAAUGAAACUAUUUCUCAGCCAGACCUGAGAAAUCCUUACAAUCAAUCAUCACGACCAGAGAUAGAUAUGAAACCUAAACCCAAAGUAGCUCCAAAGCCUGCAGUUGUUCCUAAACCAGGACCGAUGCCAAAUCAACCGGUUGAAAGUCCCUACGUAAGAGUUGAAAAAUUACAACAGUCACCCAGUAAUUUCAGUAGACCUAUUAAUGGAGCUGGUCCCAAUUUUAACACCCAUGUUGUCCAACAGCCAAUACCGUAUAAUCAAAGUGAUUUAAGAAACAGACAAGAUGGCCGCAUUCAAGAUCCCAGAACACCUCCAGAUCAACGGAGCCAACAGAGCUUCAACCAAAAAUUCUCACCAGUAAGAGAAAAUGGUGGAUUGAAUUAUCGGGAUCCUUCGGACUUCCCUCCACCUCCUACAGCUGAAACACCUCCUGAUCUACCACCCCCUCCAGUGCUUGAUCAUUUACAUGAAGAGUCACCUCCACUCCCCCCUCCGCCAAAUCCCCAAGACUUUAUGUUAGAUCAACAGCUUCAAGAAGAAAAAAGACGUCUGCAACAACAAAUGAAUGAAAAUGAACAACAAAGACGUUUAGGCCCUGGUGCAUACCCUACUGAUAGACGGGGACCACAACCCAGUUCAGAUCAAGACAGCUAUAAAGUUCAGCCAAAUAUUCCCAAUUAUCAGAAUAUUAACUUUAAUAACAUGAAUGGUGGUAAAAAUCAACCUCCCCCUGUUCCUCAACUUCCAGCAGAGCAUAAUGUGUACGAACCGUAUGAACCAAAGAAAUCUCCAAACUUCCAGAAACCGAAUCAGGAAAGACCACAGAGUUGGCAGCAAGGGCAAGCAACCCACCUUACUGUUGGUGAUCCAGAAUAUUCUGCUGCAUCACCGUGGGUUAGAGAAAAGAAGGAAAAGGAUGCUGAAGAACAAGAAGAACUGGCUUCCAGGUUACGUCUACAAGAAAUAGCAGUGCUGGAAUCCAAGAGUUACCUCAAUAUGCAAGAGCAAGAAAGAUUACGCAAGCUACGCCUUGAACACGAGUUUCAGAGACGCGUGAAAGAAGUUGUAGAUAAAGGAGAAUAUGAUGAAGAUUCUGAUUCCGAGUCGGCAGAUAGAAUUUAUUCAAGAGAGAGGAUGAUAGAACAAAUGCAAGAUGAUUUGGCUAAAGCUAGAGCUAGAAUGGAAGAGUUAGAUAGAAGACGUCUACAUGAUGAUUUUGAGAGAGAAAAAGAAAGAAUGCAGAGGUUAGAGAGAAGAUUAGAAAUGUUUGAGAAAGAAAGAGAAGAACAAAGACAGAGAUCACAAAAACGUCAGGAACGAAAGCAAAGAGAACAUGCUGAACAUUUGAAAAAACAAAGAGAGUUACAUGACAAACAGAGACAAAACUAUGAAGAACAAAAACGUUUAUUGUUAGCUGAAGAAGAACGAAUGAAACAACGGAGAGAAGAAGAAAUCAACAAACGAAGAUUAAUGGAGAGAGAACGUUUACAAGAACUGCAGGCACAAAGAGAUAUUGAGGAAAAACAACUCCGUGCAGAGGCACGUCAACGAGAGGAAGAAUAUUCACGACAACGAUUAUUACAACAGCAGCAACAGCGGAUCCAUCAACAAAGAGAGAUUAAAGUGUCGGAGGAGCGGAGACGUAUUGAUACUAUAAACACACAAAAUCAAAGUCACAAUGAUGCAUAUCAACAAUAUGCUAAUUUGCCACCUAAUUCUAUUGGAAAAGAAAAUCAAGCCCCUCCUCCUCCCGAACGUAAUUCAUCGUACGAUUUGUUUAAUCAGCAACGACAAAAUGCCAACAUGCCACACGAUGAUUACCAGGGAAUGAACAGUCGUGAUCUAGGCCCUCCAGGUUAUCGUUCAGACCUCUCAGCUCCCAAAAAAUCGGUAUCUUUUAAUACUCAGUUAGAAACGAAUGUGUAUAGUGAUAAUGAGAGGAGUCCUUUGAACUCACAAUCGUCUUACAGGUCUUCACAAUCUUCAGAACACAACGUAACAACUUCAGUAUCAGAUUCGUAUAACACCAGUAGUAAUGAAGUAUUCGAUAGCCCAUCACAACAAAAUAACAUUACGUAUUUAUCCUCUGAAUCAACACCUGGUGUUAUUGGAGCUCAAGAAGUGUAUCGCGAUCCACGCAGUCGGAUAAUCGAGGCCAAAAAAGCCCACGAUAACCCAAUCAAAAAACAAGCGGACAGAAUGUCAUUUAGAGACAAAAUGAAAUAUUUUGCGAAAGAAGCCGGAGAAGAUACGAUAAAGAAAAGACCGAAAUCUUCUUCAACUCAGCGUGCUAUCGAAUCUCAGAUGAAUGGACAGUGACAGCAUACAGAACAAAUGUUCUCUUCACUAUAAUACGACAUCAGUAUGUGAGAUACGCCAUAUAUAUUGCCCCAUAUAUUAAAAACGUUGUGAACAAAGAUGUAAAUUUAUGUGAUGAAUAUAGCAUAAAAAUAGAAUUAUUUUAUUAUACUAAAUUGUACAAUUAUUUUUUAAAAAAAACAACAGAAUUUUACACAGUUAGUGCUAUCUUAUGUAGAAUUUUAACCAAAACUUAAUGUAAUAUUAAAGAUUCUUUAUGCUUGUAGACUUGACUUGUAUAAAUUUAGUCAUGCCUGUUAGAAAACUUUCAAGAUUCGAGGGAUUUGUGCUCUAGCUUUCUUGCUUAAAGUUUAAAGAUUUAGCUUUCCUUGGUAGAGAGUGGAAAAAAAUAGGCUCAAUAAAAGUAGGAUUGAAUUGUAUAAUGAAGUGAAGUAGGUUAAGAAGAAUUAAUGUGUUCAUGUGUCACUAUUUUUAAUAUCAGUACUUAUUAAGUGUUUAACAGAUCAUGUUCACUGCAGACCAUUCCAUCUGUAUUAAUAUUGUAAAUAGAUGUUUUAAUAUAAUGUUUAGUAAGUUAUAAAUUCCAUUGCUCAUAACAUUCAUUUCAUAUCAACUUCCAUUUUAUAACCAAACAGAAUUUGGUUUUGAUACCUUGUUUCGCAUUAUUCAUGUUAAAAAAAAAAAAAAUACAGAUUGAUACAAUAAUAUUAACUGUACCUUGCUUGUGAUUGCUAAUAGGUAA